AUGAUUCACCACGCUGCGCUUGCACUUGAUUCCGUCGCCAUCACUCCAUCCUCGGCCCGCCUCGACAAGGGCCUCCAUCCCACUUACUCCUCUGCCCCAGCAUCUUGCAGCGCCUUGGCGACUGAGCCUCAGGACCCUGUCCUCAAAGACGAAUCGAAGAGCCUCACAGCACCUCGUGGCCAAUCCCUUGUCCCCAGGCUGGCACAGGUUUUCUUGACCGACUCUGUUUUUUUCUUUCAACCAUCAUAA